GCUGUCGCUGUAUUUUUCAAAUAAACUUUUAUUUGUCAUCGAACACCGCAUAACGACUGGGAAGACGGAUGUCGAGACGGUUUGUUGGGCGAUGGGAGCUCGUAGUGCGUGUGUAGUGUUGAACGGGUUGAUCCACUGGUGGUCGAAGCACGUUGCUUUGAUGUACAAAACUCGGGUAAAGUACCACUUCGAGGAGAAGCUAUUACAAGCCAAUCUCAAACGCGAUCUCCCCACCUCGCAAGAUAAUGAGUCGCGCUCGAAAGCAGACCCUGACGACGCCUUUAACUUUCUUCAGCAAUCUAUCGAUCUCCUGCGGCUCGUAUACCAGGUUUUCGGUUCCGGGUUGAAUAGUACGGGUCCGUUGUUCGUCGUGCUGUGUAUACUUCCGCUGGUUGCUCGUGGGAUCGUUAAGACAGAGAUAUGGGGAAAAGCGUACGUCGUUCAAGCGAUCAAUAGCCACUAUAUUCGCAAAAUGGCGCUGCGUGAUCUGACUAACGACAGCCUCAAACAAGAUAUGCUGAGCGGGAACAUAUGUGAUUAUGUUUCACGAGAAUAUCACAGAGCACAGAGCGGGCUUCGAGAUAUACCGGCUGGAGAUGCCGAGUCACUAUACCGACAGUCCAAAACCCCAUUUGCAGAUAUAGCGUUGGGUAUAGUGGGGGAUUUGCCAAUACUAUACUUUGCAGGUCUCGCAAUCUUCACGCCCUCGAAACUGUCGAUGAUCCACCUGGCCAUCCUGGAACAGACGUCGAUCUCACUGCGGUACACGUUCUCCCAUAUCGUCUUCACGGGAAAGCUGUGGCCCUCGGACCUUAACCGCAUGAAAAGUAUUUACCGGAUCUUGGAUCUCGAAAACCAGGUGAAGGAUGGCGAGUUUCCUUAUCCGUGUUCGCAGGAGGAUCAUCGCGGGAAGGGCAUGUCACUGUGCAUUCGCAACUUGUCGUUCGCGUACCCUGGCAGCAAGUCAGACAGGACCGCGGUCAUCGAUGCUUCCUUUUCCAUCCCGAGUGGCUCGCUGGCUGUCAUCGUAGGCGGAAACGGAAGUGGCAAGUCGACUUUGAUCAAACUCCUAAAUCGGCUAUACGUUCCCUCUUCCGGAGAGAUCCUCGUCGAUGGCAAGCCUAUCGAGCAAUACAACGUCGCACUUCUCCGACGUGCCACUGCCAACCUGACCCAGGAUCACAACCUCUUCCCCUUGUCUAUUCGCGAAAAUAUAGGCCUCGGAAAUCCUUCCCUCCUAAACGAUCUGGACAAAAUAAUCGAAUCAGCCAAAUUGGGCGGCGCUCACGACUUUAUCACUAACUUUGCCGACGGUUACGACACCGUCCUUCGUCCUGUGCAAACCGCAUAUCUCAGCUUUGCAGCCAACGCCAGCGAUGAACUCCUGGCUCAGUACAAGGCCAUGGAAAAACAAGCCGAGCUCUCAGCUAACCUAUUCUUCAAGGUGGAGAGCGACAACGACUGCUCACGCACGUUUAUGCGUCUCACCUCGGAUGAUAUCAAGUUCGUCACCGUAGACGAACCCAGCUCAGCUCUAGACCCUCAAGGCGAAUUCGAGCUCUUCGAGAGACUUAGACAAGCACGAAAGGGCAGGACCAUGGUAUUCGUCACCCAUCGUUUCGGCCACCUAACAAAACAUGCCGACCUUAUCAUAUGUAUGAAGGACGGCGCCAUCGUACAAACCGGGAAGCACGACGAGCUCAUGGAGAUGGGCGGUGAAUAUUCACGUUUGUACAACAUACAGGCGGGAGCAUUCAUGACUUCCUAAACUCCAUCGCGUGGUGCUCAAUGUCUCGCCCAGGAUACCCAUCAAUUUUUGUUUUUGUUUUCAAGGACAUUUUUAAUCUAAUCCUUUCGUAGCCCUAAUUAUACCCUCGCCGUCGCACAUCUUUGUUUUUCAAUCGCUUCUUUUGGAUAUCUGUCAGGACCAGUCUAAUAUUUUGGGUUUUUGAGAAGCUGUUUUACGGACAUUGGUAUGUGUAGGGUGAGCGAGCAUGUAUUUACAUCAGAAUGGCUGCAUGUAAACAACGACAUUCCUUUCUCCGAGGACACUUGAUAUGAAA